AUGAUUAAUCACUUCUUGCAUUAAUGGCAACAUAAUAUAGGAGAUCCUAUUGAAUAUGAAGAAAUCAAAAGAUAUGAUGAUGGAAGAAGAGUAAAUUUUGUAUAUGAUUACGAUAGAGAUAUGAUAAAACAUUAAGGGAAAAGGGUGGAAUUGAGUACUAUUUAGUAUCAAAAAAAUUUAUUAAAUAAUGGAAAUAUUAUGUGGAUUAUUAUGAAGAAAUGCGAGAACAAUAAAAGGAGACAAGGAAGAAAGUUUUGAAAUUUAAAUAUAUUAGCCUGAUAAAAUAAAUUCAGAUUUGUAAUGUAAUGAAAAGGUUUUUAAAUAUAUACCUGAAGAUCAUGUUUAUAAUUCCAGCAUUCGUUAUUUGGAAAAUGAAUGGGAUUAUGAAUACGUAAAAAUUAACAUCAAAAAAAUUAGAUUCUUAAAGAUGUUUUUGAUUUAUUUAAAGAGAAAUAUUCAUCAAUUGAACCAUAAAAAAGAAUUGGAUACUAUUUUGAGAAUGAAAAAAAAAAAGUUGUAUAUCCUAAUUUAGCUAGAGUAAUACAAUUAUAUUAAUUUUAGUUUACAUUGAUCUAUUAGUCUUUAAGAGAUAAUAAAUUUUAUAAUGUCAAAGCAUAAGUAGACUAACAUUCUGAAAUAAAAGCUUGGUUAGAUUUAUUAAAAGAGACAUUCUAAGCUGAAUAUAAAUAAAAACAAAUUAACAAUAUUAGAAUUUGGUUACCAAGACAUAAAAAUUUUAAAGUUGAUCUAAUAAUGGAAUAGAUAGAAAAAACUAUGUUUAUUGAUGGAGAUGUUAUAUAAGAAAAUCUAAUGGUUUAUUAAUUGUAAUCAAAUAGAGAUAAUUGUUUAAUUUUGGAUUUUGAAUCAACUCAAUGGUAAUUUAAUAAAAUGGAUAAUUAAUAAUAAUUUGAAUUUGAUAUUGAACUCUUGUUUAAUAGAGCCUCUUAAGGUUGUAAUAAAUAUGUAUGUGAUUUUCCAUUAUGCAAAUUAAAUAAUGGUUUUUUUGAACAAGAUUUUAGUUAAGACGAUAUCAAAGGAAUUUGUUAAUAAUUUGUUGAAAAUGAAGAAGUUAAUUGGGAUUAAUUAUGUUAUCCAAUAAAAAGUAUUAAUGAUAAAUUGGUUCCAUUUUAAACUUCAGAAUUUUAAAUAGAUUUGAGUGAAGCCACUGUUAAAAUAUCAUAAUAAUUGGAAUUAUUUGGAGCAUCAUUUGUUGAAAACUUUUAGAAUAAAUCUGGAAUAUAUUAAAUUGAUCCUUAAAAUGCAGAUGUUGAUACUAACUUAAUUAUUGAGACAUAAAAAAGAUUUAUCAAAUACAAAGGAGAAUUCAGUGUAAUAAUAAAUAACUUAUUUUCUUAUAAAGAAAAAUGUUUAGAAUCAUUAACUAAUUUAUAUUAAUUAAGAGCACUUUAUUUAAUAUUAUAAUUUCGUAAAUUCUUGGAAUUUAUUAUAGAUGAAAAAUCAUAAAUAAUUUUAAAAAUUAUAAGAAGAUUAGAUAAAUAAUAAAAAUAAUAAUUAUCUAGAUGGUUUACAAAUCUUUCAAAAACAGAAUUUGAAGAAACAACAAAAAUUGUUAAAAAAUUAAUUAAUUCAGAAAUUUUAAGAUAAUAACACACUCCUUUAAUGCCAUUUCUAGAAAUAGAAGACAUAUAAAAAAUGGUAGGUUUAUUUGAAUUAUUUUAAAUUCUUUAAAUAUCAAAUAAAAUGAAUACUAGAUUAUAAUCUUCAGAUUUCGUAAUUGAUUUAAUAACAAAAUUGUAUAAAUAAGAUGCAGAUAAAGAAGAAUUUUCAUAAUUUCGUUAUUAUGCAGCUAAAUAAUGGAGAAACUAUUCAUUUACUUUUUGUCUAUAUUCUUGGUCUAUCCCUAUAGAAUUUAAAUCAAAAUUAUUGAGUUUGGAUUGUAAAGUUAAAUAACAUGAUAGUAUGAGUCAUUCUGUAAAAUAUCAUUUUACUGGAUAAGCUCCAUAUUUAAAUUUAUCUAUUGAUAGAAAUAAUAUUAUAGAAUCAGCUAUAAAAUAAUUAUAAAUAACUCAUAUACCACUUAAGAAUCCUUUAAAAGUAUAAUUUAUAGGAGAAUAAGGUGUAGAUGAAGGAGGUCCAAAAAGAGAAUUUUUCAGAUUGAUGAUGGAGAAAUUGAUUUCACCAGAUUAUGGUAUGUUUAUACCUAAAAAUAAUGGAACUAUAUAUUGGUUUAAUCCGAAAUCCUUUGAAAUUCCAAUAUUUUAUUCAUUAAUAGGAAAGUUAUUAGGAUUGGCUUUGUAUAAUUAAGUAUUAUUGGAUGUACGAUUCCCAACUGUUUUAUUUAAGAAAUUAUAGAAUGAAAAAGUUACUGAAGAGGAUUUAAAAGAAUUAGAUAUGGAAAUAUAUACAGGAUUUUAGUAUUUGAGAGAAUAGAGUGAUUCUAAUCUAAUAUAAAGUUUGGCAUUAAAUUUUAAUGCAAGUUAUGUUGUAUGGGGAGAAGCAUACUUUGAUGAUUUAAAAGUAUAUACUAUUUAUAUAUGUACAGCCUAAUGGAUUUUAAAUUAAUGUCACCAAAGAAAAUAGAGAAGAAUAUAUAUAAUUGUAUACUGAUUGGUACUUAAAUAAACUUGUGAAAAACUAGUUUGAUUUAUUAUAUUCAGGAUUUAAAUCUGUAGUUGAUGGAGAUGGUAUUAAGGUAGUUUAUAUAAUAAAGAAUUAGUUAUUUUCAGGAGAAGAAUUAUAGGCCCUCAUUAUUGGUUUACCACACUUUGAUUUAAAAGAUUUAGAAUUAGUUACAAAAUAUGAUGGAUAUGAUGAUAAAUCUGAAUAUAUUAGGUAUAUAUAUAUAAUUAUUAAUAGAUACUUUUGGAGUUGUAUACAUUCAUUGAGUAUUGAAAUGUAAAAGAGAUUUUUAUUUUUUUGUACUGGUACAGAUAGAAUUCCUGUUGGAGGACUUAAAUCAAUAAAAUUUGUUAUAUAGAAGCAUGGUGAAGGUAAGAUUUAAAUUAUAAUAUUAGAUACUGAAUAAUUGCCAUCAGCUCACACUUGUUUCAAUGUUUUAUUAUUACCUUUUUAUAAGAAGAAAGAAAUAUUGAAAGAUAAAUUAAUGAUUUCUUUAGAUAAUGCAGAAGGCUUUGGAUUAAUGUGA